GUCGCAGCCCGCGUCAACUCAAGCUCCAGCAUCACCACCAGCAAACACGUCAAUCGCCACUUUACCUCUCGUCCACCCCGCAUUAGCAUUUAAUAAGUGCCUUCGUACACUACAACCACUUCGAUACCUACACGAUGGCCGCCAUCUUCUCUGGAGCACCUCCGCAGGGUGGCCCAGGCUACUCGUUCAAGAGCACCCCCACAGCUGUUCCCUCCGGUGAGCGGCAGCACGGCUUCUACCCCUACACUGACAACGGUGGUUCAACACUUGGUAUCUCUGGUGCUGACUUCGCCAUCCUUGCCGGCGACACUCGAUCAACAUCCGGCUACAACAUCAACACACGAUACGAGCCCAAGCUCUUCAAGAUCGGCGGUGAGGGACCCGAUAAUAAGGGCGCACGGAUAGUGCUCUCCGUAGUCGGUUUCGCUGCGGACGGCCAUGCGCUGAAGGAGCACCUCGACACUAUCGUCAAGAUGUACAAGUACAAGCACGGCAAGCCCAUGACUGUCUCCGCAUGCGCACAGCGUCUCAGCCACAUCCUCUACAACAAGCGAUUCUUCCCCUACUACGUACACGCCAUCCUGGGUGGCUUGGAUGAGGACGGCAAAGGCGCAUUGUACUCCUACGACCCGGUCGGCAGCUAUGAGAGGGAGCAGUGCAGAGCAGCGGGUGCAGCGGCGUCGCUCAUCAUGCCCUUUUUGGACAACCAGGUCAACUUCAAGAACCAGUACGAGCCAGGUAGUGGGACAGGACACAACCUGAAGACCGUGGUGCCACAGCCUCUGUCGCAGAACCACGUCGAGGACUUGGUACGAGACGCAUUCACAAGUGCGGUGGAGAGGCAUAUCGAGGUCGGUGACGGGCUACAGAUGAUGAUCAUCACCAAAGACGGCAUCAACGAGACAUUCACGCCGCUAAAGAAGGAUUAGAAGAGGUUGCGGGAGGAGAGUGAGGAAUAGAUGAUAUCAACGACAUGAACACAUCCACAAAGGAUCUUCACGAACAGCGCGACUAGAUCAAUUCAUUCAGUGAGAAUACAUCAUACGGACAGACAGUAUGAAUUUUGGCUCAAAAUGAAGAUCAUUCACCCUGUCAA